AGAAACAUACGAGAGGAGCCCUCAUGUCGCCGGUCCUUUUCGCAACCCAAUAAUAAAAACAAACUACCCAAAUUUGAAAAUCUCACUACUGUAAUCCCCUUCCAUGGCGGCCGGCAUUACUCUUCUCUCUCUACUUCUUGUCUUAACAGAUUCUUUGCUAAAAUGCUCUGCCGGCAUUACAUUGCCAGAGUUCGAAGUAUUGAAGGCCUUCAAGCUAAAUCUCCAUGAUCCACUUGGAGCCCUCGACGGUUGGGAUUCGUCGACGCCAGCGGCUCCCUGCGACUGGCGUGGCGUCGGUUGCUCCUCUAACGGUCGUGUCAUCGAGCUCCGGCUACCUCGCCUCCAGCUUUCCGGACCCCUUACCGAUCAAAUUGGUUAUUUGCCUAUGCUGCGCAAGUUUAGUAUUCGUUCCAAUUCUUUCAAUGGUACCAUCCCUCGUUUUCUAUUUCAGUGCAAUCUAUUAUACUCUGUUUUGAUGCAAGACAACUCUUUUUCCGGCGCCAUCCCGCCGGAAAUCUCCAAUCUCACCAGUCUUCAGAUGCUUAAUCUCACUGGAAACCAUCUUUCCGGCCAAGUACCGGCCGAUCUCCCUCGAAGUCUCCGUUACAUUGACAUAUCGUCAAAUUACUUCUCCGGAGAAAUACCCAGGAAUAUUUCCGGAUUAUCUCAGCUUCAGAUUAUUAAUUUCUCGAGCAACAAGUUUUCCGGCGAGAUACCGGCGAGUUUUGGUCUUCUCCAACAGCUUCAAUAUAUUUAUCUUGAUAACAAUCUUCUCGUAGGAACACUUCCGUCUGCACUCGCUAAUUGUUCUUCGCUUAUACACUUGAGCGCGGACGGAAACCAGAUCGGCGGCGUGAUUCCGGCGGCGAUUGGAGUCCUUCCAUACUUACAAGUUGUUUCACUCUCUCACAAUAAUCUUUCCGGCUCUGUCCCGUCGUCGAUGUUUUGUAAUGCGCCUUCAUCUCCUUCGUUGCGGAUCGUGCGUCUGGGAUUUAAUGCAUUGACGGAGAUUAACCCACCUGAAACAACCUCUUGUUUUAGUGUUCUUCAAGUGUUAGAUCUUCAGCAGAAUCAGAUUCAUGGCGCUUUUCCUGAUUGGUUGUUUAUAAAUGUUUCGACUUUAACAAGUUUGGAUUUGUCGGGUAAUAAUCUCCCCGGUUCGAUUCCGGGAGGAAUUGGGAAUUUGCUGAAAUUGCAAGAGUUAAAGAUGGCGAAUAAUUUACUUAAUGGGAUUAUUCCAGUUGAGAUUACGCAAUGUCGUUCUCUUCAUGUUCUUGAUCUUGAAGCAAAUCGAUUUUCCGGUGAGAUACCCGAAUUCCUAAGUCAGCUUAAGGGUUUAAAGUUUCUCUCUUUAGGUGGAAAUCAGUUUUCUGGAUCGAUUCCAUCUAGUUUCAUCAAUCUCACUCAGCUCGAAACCUUGAAUUUAAGAGACAAUAGCCUGACCGGAUCGUUCCCGGAGGAAUUCACAAGCUUGAUAAAUUUAACUGUGUUGAAUAUCGGCGGGAACAGUUUCACCGGCAAGAUUCCGACGAAUAUCGGGAACUUGAGACAGUUAGCGACUCUGAAUAUCAGUUCCAACGCCUUCUCCGAUAAAGUUCCGGUGACUGUUGGACAGCUCUACAAGCUAACGACGCUCGACAUGAGCAAACAGAAUCUCUCCGGCGAGCUGCCAUUUGAUCUCGCCGGAUUACCCAAUCUCCAAGUGAUCUCCUUACAGGAGAAUAAUUUCUCCGGCGAUGUUCCGGAAGGUUUCAGUAGCUUGAUGGGUCUCCGAUAUUUAAACCUCUCAUCAAAUUCUUUUUCCGGUGAUAUUCCUUCAAACUUCGGUUUUCUUAAAUCAUUAAUAUAUCUUUCCUUAUCAAACAACCAUAUCUCAAACUCAAUUCCGCCGGAGCUUGGGAACUGUUCUUCUCUACAAAUCUUGAAUCUCCGGUCAAACUCUCUAACCGGCCAAAUCCCAUCUGAUCUCUCUCGUCUUUCUCAAUUGACAGAGCUUGAUUUAGGUCAAAAUAACUUGACCGGUGAAAUACCUCAAGACAUCUCCAAAUCAUCAUCUUUAUCUUCUCUGUUUCUAGACUCCAAUCUUCUUUCCGGCAAUAUCCCAUAUCCUCUGUCUAGCUUGUCAAACCUCACCACUUUAAAUCUCUCAGGAAACAACCUGACCGGAGUAAUUCCGGCGAACCUCACAUUGAUUCCCAGUCUGGCCUACUUUAAUGUCUCAAAUAACAACCUUGAAGGCGAGAUCCCAUUGAAACUUGGUUCAAGAUUCAAUAACCCGACAGAAUUUUCCGGUAACAGAAAUCUCUGCGGCCGGCCAUUGACUGUGAAUUGCAAGGGGAGAACUUCCGGCGGCCGUAGAAAGAGGCUUAUUCUGUUGAUUGUAGUGAUUGCCACCGGGGGUUGUUUGUUUAUGUCUUGUUGUUGUUUUUACAUUUUUAGCUUCCUAAAAUGGAGAAAGAGGCAAAACGGGUCAGAUGAAAAGAAACCUAGCCCGGGUCGAACAAGUGGAAGUCGGGCUAGUAGCGAAAGUGGGGUACCGAAAUUGAUUAUGUUCAACAACAAGAUAACCUUAGCCGAGACCAUCGAAGCCACGAGACAAUUCGACGAAGAGAAUGUUCUAAACCGAUCAAUAUACGGUUUGGUUUUCAAAGCAAUUUACAACGAUGGAAUGGUUCUAGCGAUCCGACGUUUACCCGAAGGAUUAUUCGACGAGAAUAUGUUUAGGAAAGAAGCUGAGUCUCUAGGGAACGUGAAACAUCGAAACUUAACCGUUCUCCGAGGUUAUUACGUUGGACCGCCCGAUGUUCGUUUACUCGUCUACGACUACAUGCCAAACGGAAACCUAGAUACACUCCUCCGAGAAGCUUCCCAUCAAGACGGGCAUGUGUUGAAUUGGCCAAUGCGACAUUUGAUCGCACUGGGGAUCGCCAAAGGAUUGGCGUUCCUCCAUUCCUCUGGGACCCUUCAUGGGGACCUUAAACCACAAAACGUGUUGUUUGAUGCUGAUUUCGAAGCUCAUUUAUCGGACUUUGGUCUCGAUAAGCUCGUUGUUCAUCGAACUUCAACCGAACCAUCUACAUCAAAGACUACUUUGGGGACCAUUGGAUACAUGUCGCCCGAGGCUACAAUGACAAAGGAAUCAGAUGUCUAUAGCUACGGGAUUGUGUUGUUAGAGUUGCUUACGGGUAAAAGACCCGCUAUGUUUGGUGAAAACGAGGAUAUUGUGAAGUGGGUUAAGGGUCAAUUGCAAAAAGGGCAAAUUUCGGAGCUUCUAGAACCGGGUUUGAUUGAACUUGAUCCGGAAUCUUCGGAAUGGGAGGAGUUUUUGCUUGGAGUUAAGGUGGGAUUGCUUUGUACCGCCCGAGAUCCCAUGGACCGACCCAUUAUGUCCGAUAUUGUUUUCAUGCUAGAAGGGUGUCGGGUCGGGUCCUCGUCUGCUGAUCCAACUUCUCAACCAUCACCAGUUUGUGAUGGGUAAUUUUGUGUUUUGUUAGGCUAUAUCCAUUUUUAACUAUGGUUGAAUUGACAGAAUUUUGUUGCU